CAAUCGAAACAACAUGGCGAGAUCGAAGGACAAAAAGAAGGACGCAGAAAACGGCGAAGCAGACGACACCAAGGACGAUUCAAGGAUUGAUGAACCUACUGUGGAUUAUGAAGAACUUGUUAAAAGAGUUUGUGCAAUUGCAAAGCCGCUCGCUAGCAGAAAACUUACCAAAAGAUUGUACAAAACUGUGAAGAAAGCUUCCAAAGCAAAGAGUUUGAGAAGAGGAGUCAAAGAAGUGGCUAAAGCUUUACGAAAAGGCGAGAAAGGGUUUGUUGUCAUUGCUGGUGAUGUCUCCCCCAUUGAUGUCAUAUCUCAUAUUCCUGUGGUCUGUGAGGACAACAAAAUACCAUAUGCUUAUGUACCCUCAAGAUUGGACCUUGGAGCUGCAAGUCAAACCAAACGACCCACAAGUAUAGUGUUGGUCAAAUCCCAUGAAGACUUCAAGGACAACUAAACAGAGUGAUUUUCAGAAGUAAAGAGCUUGCCACUUCCAUUAUAAUCUUCUGGGACAAGCAUCAAUUUCUUUCAUAUAACAGCAAUGAUUUUAAGGGGGUGGGGAUUCACUCCUGAGAGCCUAAAACCUGGUCAGUCUCUAUAACUAGUCUUUUUGACUUACCACUGAACUUUAUUAAGAGUAGAACAAAACAUAUAUAGUAAUUUCUUCUUAAAAGCUGAAAAAAGCAUUGCUAAAACUGUUGUACCAAUGCUACAUUGUAUAUGAUGUGUGAAACCCUCCUUACCACAUAUGGCAGAUUUGUUUGUCAAGGGUAUCUAUUGCAAAGUUGGCACAAGCAAGGGCCCAUAUAAUAAAUGAAAUGUAAAACCCAGAAUCAUUUCCCAUUUACAAGAUAUUGUUGACUGGAUGCAUUCUGUUGCCAGCUGGAAACAAUCUGGCACUCAACCCAUUCAUACACCAGGUGCUUUAAGUGUAAGACAUUUUAAAAUCUUUUUUCUAGUUAUUUUGAAGUAUAGUUUAGUGAAGAGUCAACAAACUCUACGGUUGCAAUAAAUUUUAGUAUAUGUAUAUA